AUGCAGCUCUUCGCCGACUCGCAGACGCACUUCGCGGCCGUGUCCGAGGACGGCCGCCUCAAGCUCUGGGACGUGGCCGGCGGCGCGCUGCAGCAGGAGCUCAAGGAGCGCGACCACCUCAGCUACCGUUACACGUGCCUGGCCUGGACGCAGGCCAAUGCCUCCACCAGCAGCAGCAAGAAGAGCAAGAAGCGCAGCGGCGCCAGCGACCUGGGACUGCUGGCGCUCGGCACCAGCAAUGGCUCGGUCGUGGUCUGGGACCUGGCCACCGGAGAGGUGAAGCACACGCUGCAGGCGGACGCCAGCAGCGGCGCCGUGCAGGCGCUGGCCUUCAACCCGCAGGGCAGCCUGCUGUACUCGAGCUCGAGCGACAAGCACGUGCUGGAGUGGAGCGUGAGCAGCGGCAGCGUGGAGCGUAAGUUCCGCGUGGGCUCGGGCGGUGCGUCGGCGCUCGCCGUGUCGGCGGACGGCGAGAUCCUGGCGGCCGGCGGCUCGGCGCUGCGCACGUUCGACCUGGCCUCGGGCAAGAAGAGCAGGAAGCUGGUCUCGGGCCUCUCGUCGGCGGUGACGCAGCUGCGUUUCGCCGCGGUGGAGGACGGUAUUGAGGCCUCGCGUUUCCUGUUCGCGGCCACGGCCGGCGCGCGCUUUGUCAACAUGUACGACCUGCAGCUCGCGGAGCACGACGCGCCCGCGCUCACCUUCAGCCUGCCCAGCAGCGCGGACGGCCUGUUCGCGCGCGCCUCGGUGGGCGAGGUGGUGGCCAAGAAGAAGAGCAAGAAGAGCAAGAAGAACAAGAAGGAGAACGCAGAGGAGGCCAAACCCGUUGUGGACCUGCUGGUCGGCGCCACGGCGUCUGCGGGCGCUAUGUUCCUCUGGACGCACAAGUACCAGCAGAUGAAGGAUGCGUCGGAGCUGGCGCUGGCGUCUAAGCCGCUCUCGCCCACGCUGUCGACUGAGGCUAGCGCCGGCAUUCUACUCGCCGAGCUUAGCACACAGGAGGACCAGAAGACCGAGGUGCUGGUGGCUCGCGGCUCGCUGGUGAAGCCCGUGUUCGAGAAGGUGUCCCCUAUGGAGGAGAACGCUCCUGGUCAGUGGAAGACCGAGCUUGAGUUUGCGGAGAUCAGUGACGCUCUGCUGCUCAAGGCGGAGCGUGCCGAGGCUGCUACCAAGAACGGCAGCAAGCGACAGAAGGUGGAGGAUGCCACUGCCGAAGAUGAAAAGACGCACGUGCCGACGCUGACUGAGCGUCGCGCGCUGGCGAACUCCAUGACAGUCGUGGAUGAAACUACCAGCUUCGAGGAGCUGGACGGAGAGGCGGACGAGGAGGAGAACGAGCUCACCUUGGCAGAGCGUGUGGAGGCUCUGCGUGAGCGUGUGGAGAGUGACGUGACCGCCGCUCUUAACCGCGCCGAGCGCGAGGCUGAGACGCCUGAGGACAAGGCUCGCAGCGGCAAGCCUGAUGCGUCGUCGCUGGCCAGUGUGCUGGAGCAGGCUCUGCAGGCGCGCGACAACGCUCUUCUCGAGUACUGCCUGCGUACGCGCGACGCUAAGACUGUGGUUCGUACUGUGGCUCGCGUGUCAGCCUCCCGUGUGCUGGGCCUGCUGGAGGUGAUCGUCCGCAAGCUUGAGCGCUCGCCUAACCGUUUUGCGCGUCUGUGCCCGUGGCUGCGCGCUGUCCUGCUGCACCACACGGCGUACCUGGUGGCACAGCCUGACCUCGUGCCCAGUCUGUCGGCUCUGUACCAGCUCCUGGAGACAAGGUUGCAGGUGCACGAGCAGAUGCAGAAGCUCGCCGGCCGCCUGACCCUCGUGCUGGGCCAGAUCCACGUCAACACGGCCGCUAACAACGACCAGGAGGAUGACGAGACCCAGGCCGCUGUUGUCUACCACGAAGGCGAGGAGGAGGUGCGCGAAGAGGCGGCCGACAGUAGCAGCCACGAGGAGGAGGAGGAAGACGAAGACGAGGACGACGACGUAGAGACUGAGGACGAAUGA